UCUAUUCAAAGUAAUUGCUACCAAAUAGUUCCCCCGCUCUCCACCCUCCAGCUUGUUUUAUAGCGUAAAUGGGAUCCCUGCGCAACUUCAGGGCGGUCCUGUCGAUGCGCCGGGAUGUAUAAAAACGGGAAUUAUCCCAGUCGCAUCCUAACUUACGAUGCAGUUGAGGCUGACACGUCGCCUCGGACGGUUGUGGUGAAGUUAACAGACUAAAGUUAUGUGUGUCAGACUAUCAGUAAAGUUCUAUGUGAUGGAUUCUUUUAUAAAGUAAUGGAAAAUGGUGUUUCGAGUAUAAUUUCAUUUAUUGGAAACGAACUUCGACUAGAUUCAUUGCCUGAAGAAUUAUUAAUAGAGAUUUGUAUUUGUAAUUACUCUGUGAAAGAUAUUUUGAAUACGAGAAAUAUUGUGUUGGACGCGUUCGGACAGUUUGACUGCGCAAGGCUCCGUACUUUCAAUCCAAAAGAUAUAAGGGCGGAACUUCGUUUUAUUAUUGAACGCCUGAGAAGCUUUCCUUGCGCUGCAGGUGAAGAAGGGGCCUACGCAGCGGCAAUUGAAAAAAAGGCUUACGAAGCUCGCCUAGAUGCUAUAAACGAUUUAGCUAGAACAUUCUCCAGUGUUUUGAAGAUGUCUUCUGAUAACGAUAAUUUGCCCUCGGGAUCCAACAACGAAGUGGCAGCCAAUAACCAAAAUAUUCAAGACCCACCACGGCAGGAUCCACAGGAGCAGGAACACAUUCAACUACCAGCAAUGCAGAACCCUAAUGAACAGGAGACAAUAGAAGAACGACCAACACAGAAACCAGAUUUAUUGGAGGAUAUCCCAGAAUCCGCACUGUUAAAUUUAGAUGAACAGCAUCAGCCCCAAGAACUGUUGCGGACAAGCCCAGAAGAAAUGGUGACUGUUGAUCCUGAUGAACUGCCAACCAUACAACAACCGGUAACACUUGACCUACUUGACCACCAAAAUAUUUCAGAAUCAUCGACACUUCACUCAGUUGCACUGCAAAACAUCCCAGAAACUGUGAUAAUUAACUCAAAUGAACAGCAAAAUACACCAGCACACGAGAUACUAAAUCCAAAUGAACAGCAAAAUAUCCCAGGACCGGCGACACCUACCCAUGACGAACAGAAAAAUAUCCUAAGACCGGAAACACCGAACCCAGACGAACAGCAAAACGUCCCAGAGCCGGCGACACUCAACCCGGAUGAAAAGCAAAAUAUUUCAGUACCAGCGACACCUACUAUAGAUGAACAGCAAAAUAUCCCAACACCGGCGACUCUGAACCCACAUGAACAGCAAAACGUCCCAGAACCAGAGGCACUGAACCGAGAAGAACAGCAAAAUGUUACAGAACCAUCGACACUGAGCCCACACGAACAACUAAAUGUCCCAGGACCAGCGGCACUGAACCCAGACGAACACCAAAAUGUCCUAGAACUACCAGCACUGAACCCAGACGAACAGCAAAAUGUCCUAGAAACACUAGCACUAAACCCACACGAACAGCAAAAUGUCCCUGGACUAUCUACACUGAACCCAGACGAACAGCUAAAUAUCCUAGGAUCAUCGACACCGAACCUAGACGAACAGCAAAAUGUCCCAGGACCAUCGACACUGAACUCAGAUGAACAGCAAAAUUUCCCAGGACCGGCAACGCUUCACCCAGAUGAACAGCUAAGUAUUCCAGAAUUUUCGAUACAAAAUCCCGAUGAACUACAGACUAAACAAGAACCAGUAAUUCAAAUCCCAGAUGAACAAUUAUAUUGGGGCCAUGAAAGUUUUGGAAGACCGGAAGCCGAAGACUUUUUUGAACAUAAUUUAGAAGACUCUGAGAGUCCGCAGCUUACUAUAGAUGAGCCGGCAGAUCUACUUCUGGCUUUUGAAGCAGCACCUGCACGAGAAAUGGCUGAAGAGCCGGAUUUCGACGAGAUCGUUCAGAGUAUCGUUGAAUGCGGACGAAAUAUGAGGCGUUCUAUAGAAGCCGCAGCAGUAGAAGAAGUUGCCGCAAAUGAAGAAAUCCCUGUUCUAGAAGAAGUUGGUGCCCUAGAAGAAAUAAGACUACCUGAAGUUGUUAGAGCCCCAGUGGUUGUCCAGGGUCAUGAACUAGCCGGCCCACCAGAUAUUCUACCACUAGAAGUGGUUGAAGCUCCUCAUGUAGUCGAAGCUCCAGAUAAUUUAGAAGCUCCAGGCUUACCUACUUUCGGUAUGCGAGAAGUUAAACAGAAGUCAGAACGAGUUGUUUCACCCAACAUCUUCGGAAACAUUGUUGAUGUACCUGCUCGUUUCGGCCCUCCUGCGAAAACUUCUCGUAUUAUUGAAGUUAAGCAUGGGCCAGUAAUCCGAGUACGGACCACUGAACUGCUUAACGAAAUACCCGAGGAGCUUGCGACACAACCGGACAACCGAGAAAACCCCGCGGAAAGGCUUAUAUAUGACGAAGGCCCCUAUGGCCGGACCGGUCGCGAAACUUGUGCUAGAACAAGCUUCGUUCCAAUACGCAAUAGAAGGACAAGAGCGACUAGUGUUACCUGCACGUAUACUGCAACUAGUGCGGCUACUGCAGCCAUCGCGAUGAGCACGAUUCCUACAUCUGAAUCCCCUAGUAUCUUAUCCAGUUUAUCUAGACCUGAAUGGCAAAUCGAUGAACCCAAUGUGACUAGUACGUAUACUGCGACAAGCGCGACGCAGGCGUACUCUACACCUGAAUCGCCCAUUGUUCCACCUCGUUUACCUCGCCCGGACUGGUAUAUCGAAGAGGAUCCCAAUCUGACGGCUACAUAUUCUGGAACUGGUGCCACUAGAGACUAUUCUACACCCGAAUCCUCCAUUGUCUCAUCUCGUUUGCCUCGACCAGAUUGGUAUGUCAGCGAAAAUCCUAAUUUGACUCGGGUGUAUGCUGGGCCAAGUGGGAGCCGGCCCUACAAUUCACCAGAAUCUACCAUUGUCUCAUCUCAUUUACCUCGAACUGAAUGGCAUACCAGCGAAGAACCCAAAGUUACUUGUACUUACACGGGAACCAGAGAGCCCAGUCCGGCCAUUCGGACCCUUAGGACUUCUACCGCUGAAUCCACCCAUGUCUCAUCUUAUUUGCCACGACCUGAAUGGCAUAUCAGCGAAGAACCGAAUGUGACUAGCACGUACACUGCCAGUAGAGAGUCCUGUCCACCCGUUCCAACUCGCCGGCCCACUACUAUUGAACCCACUAGUUUCUCAUCUUAUUUAUCUCGACCUGAAUGGCAUAUCAGCGAAGAUCCCAAUGUGACUUGUACAUACACAGCUACAAGAGAGCCCAGUCCAACCAUUUCAACUCGUCGGACCUCUACUGCUGAAUCCAUCAAUUUCUCUUCUUAUUUGCCUCGACCUGAAUGGCAUAUCAGCGAAGAACGUAAUGUAACAUACACAGAAACGAGAGAACCCAGUCCGACCAUUUCAACUCGUCGUACCUCUACUGCUGAAUCCACAAACUUCUCAUUGUAUAUCCCUCGACCUGAAUGGCAUGUCAGCGAAGAACCUGAAGCGUCUUGUACGUACACUGCGACUGGGGACCAUACUUUUGCAAGCCUCAGAACCUCUACUGCUGAAUCAGCAAAUAUCUCAGCUCGUUCACCUCAACCUGACCAACAUACAAGCGAAGAACCUUAUAGAACUUGUACGUAUACUGCGAAAAGAGAGCACAGUCCGACCUUUGCAACUCUUAGAACCUCUACCUCUGAAUCUACCACUGUCUUAGCUCGUUCGCCUCGACCUGAAUGGCAUAUAAGCGAAGAACCUGAUGUGAGUUGCACCUACACGACGACCAGAGAGCCCAGUCCGACAUUUGCAACCCUCAGAACCUCUACCUCUGAAUCUACCACUGUCUUAUCUCGUUCACCUCGACCUGAAUGGCAUAUAAGCGAAGAACCUGAUGUGAGUUGCACCUACACGACGACCAGAGGGCCCAGUCCGACAUUUGCAACCCUCAGAACCUCUACCUCUGAAUCUACCACUGUCUUAUCUCGUUCACCUCGACCUGAAUGGCAUAUAAGCGAAGAACCUGAUGUGAGUUGCACCUACACGACGACCAGAGGGCCCAGUCCGACAUUUGCAACCCUCAGAACCUCUACUGCUGAAUCCGCUACUGUAUUAUCUCGAUCACCUCGACGUGAGUGGCAUAUAAGCGAAGAACCUAAUGUGAGUUAUUCUUACACCGCGACUAGAGAGCCAAGCCCGACCUUUGCAAUUCUCAGACCCACUACUGUUGAAUCCGCCGCUGUUUCAUCUCGUUCACCUCGACCUGAAUGGCAUACCAGUGAACAACCUAAUGUGACUUGCACUUACGCAGCUACUAGAGAGUCCAGUCCGACAUUUGCAACCCUAGUCAGACCUACUACUGCUGAACCCACUAUUGUCUCACCUCGUUUACCUCGUCCUGAGAGAGAUAUUAUCAAAGAACCUAAAGCAUUAAAAAAGCCUCGUCGAACUAUUCCAACGCGGCAGACGUCUAUUUUUGAAUCCGCCAAUCUGGCAUCUCGUUUACCUCGACCUGAAUGGCAUAUCAGCGAAGAACCUAAUGUGGUUUCCACUUAUACAGCUCCCAGUGAGUCCAGUCCGACAUUUACAACCCUAGUCAGACCCACUACUGCUGAACGCACUAAUGUGUCACCUCGUUCACCUCGACCUGAGAGAGAUAUUAUCGAAGAACCUGAAGCGACAGGUACAUACACUGCAUCGAAAAAACCCCGUCGAGCCAUCCCACCUCGAAGGACGUCUAAUUUUGAAUCCACCAAUGUGGCAUCUCGUACUCCUCGACCUGAAUGGCAUUCCAGCGAAGAACCUAACGUGAGUCGCACUCACACAGCUACCAGUCCGACAUUUGCGACCCUCAGACCCACUACUUCUGAACGAACCAAUGUCUCACUUCUUUCUCCUCGAGCUGCGGGACAUUUUAUCGAAGAAACUAAAACGACUGGUACGUAUACUGCAUCAAAGAAACCCCGUCGAGCCAUCCCAACUCGGAGGAAGUCUAUUAUUGAAUCCACCAAUGUGGCAUCUCGUACUCCUCGACCUGAAUGGUAUUCCAGCGAAGAACCUAAUGUGAGUCGCACUCACACAGCUACCAGUCCGACAUUUGCAACCGUCAGACCCACUACCGCUGCACUCACUAAUGUCUCACCUCGUUUACUUCGAUCUGAGGGACAUGUUACCGAAGAACCUAAAGCGACUCGAUCAUAUACUGCUUCAAGACAGCCCACUCGAACCAUCCCAACUCGGAGCACCUCUAUUUUUGAACCCACUAAUGUGUCAUCUGGUUUAACUCGACCUGAAUGGCAUGUAAGCGGGGAACCCAGUGAAACUGAUACACACACUCUACGACAGUCGACCCGUUUAUCUCGUCUCCGCCCGCCUAUUUGGGUCCCUGAAAAACCGGCUAAAGAGGAAACACAGACUCCAUCAACUGCCAAAAAACGAAGAAGGUCGAGAAGAAAGUAAAACAGACAAACGUUGUCGAGCCUAAAUUUAAAUAUCUGGUUUAUCACAUUGAAGCCUUGAUCUCAAACUUAAAGGUAUUUUUACGAAAAAAUGUAUUUA